UUAGUUUAAUUUUUCUGAGGCCAGAAUGACCCAAAUUCGCAGUCACAGUAAAAUGCGACGGUAAAACGUAAAAGUAAAAAACCGAGAGGAACCUGUAAAUACGUCAUCUUCUUCAACCCCCAUUCCUCUUUCCAUUUCUUCAUUCGCUCUUCAGUCUUCUCCAUCUCUGCAACGGUCACUUCAACGGCUACAUUUUUUUUCUCUCUCUCUGCUCCCUCCAUUUUUCCCGAUCUUGCCUUCCGAAAUGCCGAUCUUCAAAUUCGGCCGCUGUAUGCUCUUCCUCCUCCUGAUUCCCCUCUGCCACGCGGCGCCGUCGAUCAGAGAUCAAGGCGGCGCGACGGAGCUCUGGUGCGUGGCCAAGAACAACGCCGACGACGCCUCUCUGCAGUCGGCCCUCGACUGGGCGUGCGGCGCCGGCGGCGCCGACUGCUCCCCAAUCCAGGCCGGCGGGCCCUGCUACGACUCCUCUGACGUCCAGCACAUGGCCUCCUUCGCCUUCAACGAUUACUUCCUCAAGCACGGCGUGACCGACGACAGCUGCUUCUUCCAAAACGCCGCCGCUCUCACCUCCCUAAACCCUAGCUAUGGAAAUUGCAAAUUCCCUUCCAGUUUGUUGAGAAAUGGAAACUUUUCGAGCCAAACUACAGCGGUAGGGUUGGGGCCAAGCGAAGACAUAAGCGGGUCGGAUCUCAAUGCGGGCCGGGUACGGGUUUUGCAUAUGGUAAUCGGGUAUUUGUUUUUCAUAAUUAUAUUUCAAAGAGGAAAUUUCCUCUAGUUUUCUUGUGUUUUUUGUUUGAUUAUCAUCUCAUAUUCCAUUGGUGGGUGUGGUCUGUAUUAGUAUUUGAGUUUUUCUUUUCAUUAGCCUAAUAUUGGGGUUAUUGGCUCCCUUAAUUCUUUUUUGAUAUGCACAAAUUUUGAAAUUGAAAAUCAGAUAAGAAUUUGUUAUUAAUGGAAAAAAAACUGGAUGAGAUAUAAGAUACAGUACAGAUUUGAGGUGA